AUGGGUGACAAGUCACUCACCCGUAGUAUCACUCGGGGCGAAAGUGUUCACAUGGGGAGCUUCACGGAGACUACUGCGGGCGAUGACCAGCUCAAACGACAUCUUGGAAACCGACAGAUCCAGUUGAUCGCGAUUGGUGGAUCUAUCGGCACGGCUGUCUUCGUCAGCAUUUCCAGUGGUCUUGUUGCUGGUGGCCCAGGAAGUUUGUUCAUCGCCUACAGCAUCUACUCUAUGGUAAUGGCUCUUGUGAAUAACUCCAUGGCCGAAAUGGCGGUUCUCCAACCCGUCACUGGUGGCUUUAUUCGAAUGGCUAGUAAAUGGGUUGACGAGUCUCUUGGUUUUAUGGCUGGCUGGAAUUUCUUCUUAUAUGAGGCUAUCUUGAUUCCUUUUGAGAUUUCGGCUUUAACAUUGGUUCUUUCUUACUGGCGCGACGACAUUCCCGUGGCAGCUGUGAUCGCUGUCUGUAUCCUGCUAUACUUCUGCAUCAACAUUUUUGCGGUAGAAUGGUACGGUGAGGCUGAAUUUUGGUUAGCCACCGGCAAGAUCGCCCUCCUCGCAAUUGUCUUCUGCUUCACUUUCGUUACGAUGGUUGGAGGUAACCCACAGCACGAUGCUUACGGCUUUCGAUACUGGCAAAACCCUGGAGCUUUCGCUGAGCAUAUCACAACCGGUGCAUUGGGUCGUUUUGAGGGAUUUUUAGCUGCUAUGUGGAGCGCCGCUUUCACGUUCGUCGGACCCGAAUAUGUCGGUAUGGUGGCCGGUGAAACGAAGUUACCUCGCCGAUACCUGAAGAAUGCUUUCAAGACUGCAUACUACCGAUUUACCCUGUUUUUUGUUGGAAGCGCCUUGUGUGUCAGUAUUGUUAUCCCGUACAAUGACAAGACUCUGUUGUCUAUUCUCUCGGGCGCCUCUGGUGGUGCUGGAACUGCUGCUGCCUCACCUUACGUUAUCGCCAUGGGCAACCUAGGCAUCGGAGUUCUACCUCACGUCACCAACGCUCUUCUCGUGACAAGUAUUUUCUCAGCCGGAAAUGCCUAUACCUACUGCGGCAGCCGUAGUCUUUACGGACUGGCACUCGACGGACAAGCCCCGAAGUUCUUGCGAAAGUGUACGAAGGCCGGUGUUCCCGUUUACUGCCUGGUCAUCACGAUGUGCUUCCCAUGCUUGGCCUUCCUCAACGUAUCCAGCGGCUCUUCCCAAGUAUUGAGCUGGUUCGUGAACCUUCUUACCGCAGCCCAGAUCAUCGACUACAUAAUUAUCAGCAUUACCUUCAUCUUCUUCUACCGCGCCUGCAAAGUUCAGGGCCUCGACCGAAAGACUCUUCCUUACUAUGGUUACUUCCAGCCGUACUCUGCUUGGAUUGGAUUGGUAUUCAUGACUACUGUUGUCUGCACUUACGGCUACAGCGUUUUCUUGCCAGGAAAGUGGGAUAUCAAGUCGUUCUUUACCUACUAUACUAUGGUUUUACUCGACCCCAUUCUUUACAUCGGAUGGAAGGUUUGGCAUCGCACUAAGUUCGUUAAGCCGGAAGAAACCGAUCUGGUCUGGAUCGCCCCGAGCAUCGACGCUUACGAGGCCGCUUUCAUCGAGGAUGCCCCUGGUUUCUGGACUGAGAUCGCGCAGAUCUUCGGGUUCAGGAAGAAGAAGGUGACGAGCGAUUCGUCGUCUUCCGCGGCCGAGUCGUAA